CUUAAUAAAAGUUGCGCAGAGAGCGCGCUGUGGAUUCGCUGGACGCAGCGGGAGGCUCCAGAUCUCAUCCGCCCCAAAGUCUGUUGGUGCCUAGGCAGUCACAGUUCGGGCCACUCUGGUCCUGCACCUGGUGAGCGCUCCUCGCCGCCGUGCAGACUUCCCCAGGUCCCAGAUUGCCAGGGACGCAGCUGGCGACAGGGGGCUCCCCCACCGGGUGGGGGUAGCUAGGCUCCCACCUCCACCAGGAUCUACACCUGCUGGACGUACCUGGUCUCCACAGACGCCACGCCAGCCGCAACAGGGAGAAAGAAGCUAGCGCGGCCGGAGGCUAAAGCCAGCGACCUGUGCCGAGCAAGGCACCACCGUUCACUCUGGGCGGGCUCAGGUCACCGCGGGAGGCCAUGGAGGAGUCGCGGGCCAUUGGCAGCUUUGUGGUGUGGGACUACUUGGUGUUUGCAGGCAUGCUGCUCAUCUCGGCCUCCAUCGGCAUCUACUAUGCCUUCGCUGGGGGCGGCCAGCAGACCUCCAAGGACUUUCUGAUGGGUGGCCGCAGUAUGACCGCAGUGCCCGUGGCUCUGUCCCUCACUGCCAGCUUCAUGUCCGCUGUCACUGUCCUGGGCACCCCUGCUGAGGUCUACCGUUUUGGGGCAAUAUUCAGCAUCUUUAGCAUCACCUACUUUUUAGUGGUGGUCAUCAGCGCAGAGGUCUUCCUUCCGGUGUUUUAUAGACUGGGGAUCACCAGCACCUACGAGUAUUUGGAACUUCGAUUCAAUCGAUUAAUUCGUCUCUGUGGGACAGUCCUCUUCAUAGUUCAAACAAUUCUGUAUACCGGAAUUGUUAUUUAUGCCCCUGCUCUGGCUUUGAAUCAAGUUACAGGAUUUGAUCUGUGGGGCGCAGUGGUGGCAACUGGGGUGGUCUGCACAUUCUACUGCACACUGGGUGGUCUUAAAGCAGUUGUCUGGACAGACGUUUUUCAAGUUGGGAUCAUGGUGGCUGGAUUUGCAUCUGUCAUUAUACAGGCCUCAAUAACUCAAGGUGGCUUCAAUAAAAUUUUAAGUGAUGCCUCCAAUGGUGGGAGAUUAAACUUCUGGAACUUUAAUCCUAACCCUUUGCAAAGACACACAUUCUGGACAAUUAUCAUUGGAGGGACUUUCACUUGGACCACCAUCUAUGGUAUCAACCAGUCCCAAGUACAGAGAUACAUUUCCUGUAAAAACAGACUCCAUGCAAAACUGUCUCUCUACAUCAACCUUGUGGGCCUUUGGGUGAUCCUUAUCUGCUCCGUGUUCUGUGGGCUCUCCCUGUACUCCAGAUACUAUGACUGUGAUCCCUGGACAUCUAAGAAAGUGUCAGAAGUUGACCAGCUUAUGCCUUACUUGGUACUGGACAUUUUGCGAAAUUACCCUGGAGUUCCUGGACUUUUUGUGGCCUGUGCUUACAGUGGGACAUUAAGCACAGUGUCCUCCAGCAUUAAUGCCUUAGCUGCGGUGACCGUGGAAGACCUUAUCAAACCUUACUUCAAGUCACUGUCAGAGAAAUCUCUGUCUUGGAUUUCCCAAGGAAUGAGUGUGCUGUAUGGAGCGCUGUGUAUUGGAAUGGCUGCUGUGGCAUCCCUGAUGGGAGCCUUGUUACAGGCAGCACUCAGCAUAUUUGGCAUGGUUGGUGGACCACUUCUGGGCCUGUUUUCUUUGGGCAUCUUAGUCCCCUUUGCCAAUUCAAUUGGAGCACUUGCUGGCCUGUUGGCUGGAUUCGCCAUUUCUUUAUGGGUAGGAAUUGGAGCUCAGCUUUACCCUCCACUUCCUGAGAGAACAUUGCCAUUGUCCCUGGAAAUCCACGGCUGUAACAGCACACGCAAUGUGUCAGACUGGAUAUCAACUACAGAAAUGCCAUUUUCCACUAGUGCUUUUCAGAUACACAAUGUGGAAAGGACUCCACUGAUGGACAAUUGGUAUUCAUUAUCAUAUCUGUACUUCAGUACUAUUGGAACAUUGGUGACAUUGUUAGUGGGGAUACUUAUUAGUUUAUCAACAGGAGGAAGGAAACAGAAUUUAGACCCGCAAUUCUUACUGACCAAACAGGACUUUUUAUCCAAUUUUGAUGCUUUUAAGAAAAAAAAUCAUGUUUUAAGCUAUAAAUCGCAUCCUGUGGAAGAUGGUGGAACUGAUAACCCCGCCUUCAAUCACAUCGAACUGAAAGCCACAGAUCACAGCAGCAAGAUCAAUGGGACUCGCUUGUGAAGCAUCUCCAGGGCCAGAGGCUACUAUGUCAUCACUAUCUUUUGCUUUUAGUGUUUUACACUGACUAUCAGAUUAUUGUUUCCCUAUCAUAGGUGUUUUGGAAGAUCUAUUUUUGUUAAAGCUAUAUCCCAACUUGGUUUAUUUUCUACAAUGAUGCUACACUAGAGUUAAGAGUUUCAACAUCAGCAUAUUCCAAUAGAGCUACAGUUGUGAAUGUUAUGACCACAUACAGUCUGAAAGGCAAAUAUAGACAUAUACAGGUGACACUUGAUCAAAGGCAUAGUCUUACAUUUGGGAAUUACUGAAAGUGUUUUUAUGCCUUUGGUGCUAGUAUAUAAAUUCUGGGAUAUUUGUUAAAACCAUAAAUUCUGGAAAGAGCUUUUUGCCUCCCCCUACAUAUUCUGUUUCUAGGCAGCAGUGAAAUGAGGAGGGAUAGAGGAUGUCUGUGAUCUUCACUUCAGGAUCAGUCCAUGGUGUAACCUUGCUACUGAUUCUGCCUCUGGAAUGGGGUAAACCAAAGGAUCCUGCCCAGGAGACAGUAGGGACCCAAGGAUCAAGAUCAUCUUUAAUACAUUCUUAUAUCUGUCUCCCAUCAAGUCCCAGACUAUUGGCCAAUUACAUUGCCUGUCAUAGACUACAGACUAUAGACUGUUGACUAUAGACUAUACACCAUUUCCUCUAGAGUACAGACUAUAAACUAUACUUCUUGUCUUCAUUCUUAGUUUCCGUCCCACUGAUCUUGCUUUGUUGGGCUCAUUGUCCCGGCUUAACUGUUCCAGCUUCCUGGGCUUACAUAUGUCUUGAGACAACUAAUAUGCAUCAUGUCACCCCUGUCCCUCAUUCACCAGGUUCCAGCCUAUAAAUUAUAUAUGCCCAUGCACCUAGUACUGACUAAUGCAUAUGCCAUGUAGAACACUAUAUCUUGAAAAAGUCAAGUCCUGUGGAGUCAGAUAAUUGCUUUUAGUGCUGUUGAAUUGAACUAUUAAUUCAUGAUAUUAAAGAGCUAAAUUUCACAGGGAAAUAUUACUUUUAUCCACCGGUUCCAGACGUAUUAAAUAUAUGCUUUGUUCUAAUAUUUCAAGAAAUUGUCUCAAAUUUCUUAGCUAUUUAUUUGGAUGUGUUCACAGCUACAACUUGUGUUACAGAAUUUCAUCAAUAACUUAUUUUUCUAUAAUACACACAUUAGAUAUCAUUUAAAAGAUUUUAAAAGCUUUCACAUUUUUAAAAGAGAAAUAUUGACAUUUUGAAAAUAUUUUAUAAUUUUGUACAUAUUUUGUGGUCUGUCAUAUUUAGAUGGCCAUGCUUUGUACAUUUAAAUAUUGUUAACUGACAUUAAAAGCUAAAAACUGAAAUGUUAAAAAAUUAGCAUUUAUCUGAAGCAAAGAGAUUUAUUUACCAUUUAAAUCAACUAUGUAUUUGUGUACUUCUUGUGUAUAUAGAUCUAUUUUUGAUCACCAUAUUUGUAAACAAAAAUCAAGUUUUGUGACUCUUUCUUGCAGUACUCCAGUGAACAGGGUCAUAUAAUCCUAUGUGUAGUCUUAUAUAACUAUGAUUAGAAGUAUAAUUAUUUAUUAGAUGAUUCUGAAUGAACGUGUAUGUGGAAUGCUUCAGGUUUGCAAUGAGAAUCAGGUUAUUUGAAUAACUUUUCCUUUGAUUGAUUGCUCAGAGAUUAUGUAAUGUGCUCUUUAUGGGAAAUGAUAUUCCAGAUGCUCUUGUAUACUUCCUAUAAGCAUAUCUUUGUGACAUUUGGAAAUAUAAAUGUUUUACAUUUACAAUCAUACAGGAGUGCCAGAUAAAUUCUUAAAGUAAAAUGAGGUUGUUAUUACCUAAAUAGUAUUUGUUUAAAAUGCCUUUGAAAUUUGAGGCAAAUCUGAGUAUGGGUGAGUUGUCAGCAUAUUAUCAAGUAAAUAAUCAUUUCUUAGUUUUAUUGAAUCAUAAAAACCUUAAAGAAGAAAAAAAACAUGCAAGUUGUCUGCCACUAGCUAACAGACACACAGGGCAGAGAGAGGAAUAUGGGUGUAAGGAAACAGGAGCUUGCUCUUUCCAGCUGAGAAAUUGGCGAGGUAAGGUGUGGCUGUGGCUUGCUCCUUCAUCACUCUGAUCUUCAGACAGGCUUUAUUUGUAUAAUAAAGGUAUCCCCACAUGUCAGUACCUUUUGCUGCUGACAAAUAUGUCUUUGAAUUUGAUGGUAUAAGCAUUAGGCUGCCUACCCCACAGAAACAGUGGGGAUGGGAAGGAUCGGAGCUUUGACAGAAUAGGAAUUUUUUAAUCCAAAUAAUUUGAGUCAAAAGCAAUUUGCUAGUUUUUUUCUUUUUGAACUAAGACAAAUUUGUACUAUCAUGUUGCAGAGAAAAAAAAGCUUCUCUACACAUAUGUGUGCUACAGGAAUAAGACAAUUUGAAGACCAGUGGGAUUAUUCCAACAGAAAGAACAGAAACCUUAAAGAAAGGCACAACUCAGUCCUGUUCAUUCUACAGAGUGAUGAAAACUUUAGUGGUUAAGAUGUAAAACAGUACAGAUUCUUGUUUAUCAAUAUGAUGAAUUGUUGGCAUAGCCCUUUUUUGUUGUUUUUUUUUCUCUUAAGACAUAGUUACCAACACAGACCAUUCUGUUUCUCUGGGGAUAUGUGGAGACAUUUAAGUGGUCACAAUGAGGGGGGAGUGCCAGUGUCACACACAUAGGAAGUUAAAUUCGGGAAAUCCAUUUAAAGUCCCACAGGAUAGGGCAGUGUUCCUUGUCCACCUGAAGAACCAGUCAGCUGAAGAUACUAAUAGUGUGUGUAGCUUGAGAAACCACAGACGCUAAUGCUGAUGCUUUUUAGAAGUCAACAAUCGGAUGCUUCUAUCUGAAAAUAGCAUUAGCUUGUAGAACAUUAUGAUGGUGGAUAAUGGUCACAUAUUUUCAGAGAGGUCUGAAAAUGUUAAGAUAUUUUCACAAAUAGUGGGUUUUUAGACUAUCCUUAGGCCAGCCCAGCUCCCAACCUGGUUUCUAAUUUGGCCACACAUUAGGAUGAUAUGAAACACAUGACAGUUAAGAUCUCCUAAUUUCACAUUAUUUAUGACAAGCAUAGGGAAUGCAACUUGCUUCCUUAAUUAAGUGAACAUAUGAUGCAGACCCAUGGGUCAGGGUGGAGGUUGAGACAGAGUGAAUCAUCCUGAAUUGAUUCUUACAGGAAAGUCUGAGGCUUCUCAUAAAGAUUAUUGACAAAGACUAAACUGAGGAGUAGGGGUUGCGAUUCAGUGGUAAAGCUCUUACUGAGCAUGUGCAAGAGCCUUGGCUUCCUUCAUAGCACCUCUAAAAACUGAGUAACUGUGUGUAUGACCAUUUAGUUAUCAAAAAUGCCUUAAUGCAUUUAGAGUUAACUCUGUGCCAUUGUUGGUGAAACUUGGGGGAAAAUUGAUUAUUUCUACAUAAAAUAAUUAGAGAAAUCUAAUUUUUUAAAUUAACUGAUUAAAAUUUCCAUAAAAAUC